AUGGAGAGGCUUCGCUUUUCUUCCUUUUUGGAUAGUCUAAGUGAUGAAGAAUUGGAGUAUUUCGAUUCUGCUAUAACAGUAAAAGACGAAUACCCAGAAUCACAAGAGUUCGUUGGUCUUUUCGAUAAAUACCAGCAUUUUUGCCUCAUGAUGAGAAAAGAAGAUCCUACAUUCGAAUUAUGGAGUUCAUUUUUAGAUAUGAUGUCCCUUCUUCUAGUUUUUGUGCGUGCUACGAGGGAAUCGGAUUGGAGUGUCCAUGUUGCUGUGCUUCGUUUGAUGAUGCCAUGGUAUUUCGCCUAUGAUAGGACAAACUAUUCUAGGUGUCUACCAGCAUACUGGAUGGAGAUGGUUAACUUGCCUGAGUCGCAUCCAAGUGUGUAUCACGAAUUGAGUCAAGUCGGUGCAUGGACAGUACAAAGGCACAGUAAUCAUGCUUUUGCAUCAAUCGCAUGUGACCAAUCCAUUGAAGAAACCCUGAACAGAGAUUGCAAAACACCUGGAGGAAUUAAAGGUAUUACCCUUAAUCGAGGUGCAGUUCAGAGGUGGAUUUUAGCGCAGCCCGAAAGAGCAGCUAUAUCUAGAGAAUGUGAAGUGAUGGCAGGCUACCAUAAGGUGGAGCGAGCUUCCAAAGAACUUGACCAAACGCGUAUCCGAAAGCUUGAAGAAUCAAUAAUGUCAGUAAUUUCCACGGUUAAGAGCAUGAUUAAUCCCUUUGAAAAUACCACAGGGGAGCUUGUUGCUAUCAGUUCUGGUGCAGUUGCAAUUGACACUGUAAAGGAUGACCUUCUUAAAGCAGAGGCAAAGGGUGAAUCUGCUGCUAUGGAAUUCAUCAAAGAACGUCUUCUUGUAGGAUCAAAUGCCACACAAACCGAUUUUCACGACCCAAUCAAACAACAAAAACUAAAAACAUUUUCUGAUAAUUGCACAAGUAAGAAGAAAACUAGCAAAGAAAUUAUCAAGGACAGUAAGGUGUUUUUUGCUCGUCUUCUAGUGGUAGGGCAGAAGAGAAACUUGGACUUACGUGAAGUGUUUCAGUACUCACUAAGUAGCGUUUCAUUUCCCCUUUCGAAUGUUGAUGGUACAAUGGCUAAGACUGACAAAUCUGCAUUAAUGAGAAUAUUGGAGGAAAAGUGUACCGAUGUCCAAGUGACAAAGAUACCGCAAGGAGCAAUAAUGUUGGAUGCUAUGGCCCAUAUUCAGUCACUUCGAGACAUUCCUGAUACCUUUGGAAAAUUGUCUGAUCUUGUUUUGACACAAAUUGUUAAUAUGGGGAGCACAAAUGGGUGUUCCAGAUUAGAUUUCUUUGGCGACACAUAUCCACAAGGCAGCAUCAAAGACAUGGAAAGAGAGAGAAGAGCAGGCAAAGGGGCUGAAGUAAUUACGAUAUAUGGUCCAGAGCAGAAAACUCCCCGACAGUUUAAGAAAUUUUUAUCCGAUUGA